AGGUACACGUAAUAUCAGGUGGUACUUGGAGCAACCAUUCAAACUCCAGGUCGCCACAUGAAGAUCGCCUUCACAUAUCAGGUCAAUUCUCAUCCACCUCACCUGUAUGAGCAAUACUCGAACAUAUUCGCCCUACACUAUCGAACAAGGAAUUUCUCAUUCAUGGAAUCGGACUUCACAUAAAACAAAGACACAAACGGGUCGUUUCUCGUUCCAGCCACGGCCACGCUGCAACGUACUUCGCACAUAGUAGAUGGCUGACGAGUACGGCGAGGAUUACGAUGUUCCCCUUCAGCAUAAACGGCCUUUCGGGGCAGGCAUUAGACGGAAAAAGGUCGAAUUUGUCAGAGCAUCAGACCACGACCUGAAAACCUUGCCAGACACGAGGCCGGCCUCGUCGGGAGCCUCGGUAGCGGAUAUGUACUUGAGUCUGGUCCUCCCAGAAGACAAGAAUGGAGAGUCGAGGGAAGGGGCCCAGCAAAAGGGGCCGUCUGAGACGCCUGUAUGCACAGUCUGCAAGUUACCCCUCGAGAAGGAGAGCACGGCGGGCAAGGAACGGGACUUGGGUAUUAAUGCCAGGCAAAGACACGAAGCGUCCAUCGCGCAUCAAGUCUGCCUUGAGCAUUCUCACCCUCCGUCAGCGCUGGACAGAUCGCGGAUGGGCCUCAACUAUCUCUCGUCGUACGGCUGGGAUCCGGACGCGCGGAGGGGACUGGGGCCAUCCGGACAGGGUAUCCAGUUCCCGCUCAAACCAAAGCCCAAGGACGACACUCUAGGGCUGGGGCUGAAGGUGCCCAAAGACUUGAGGGGUAGGAUCGAGAAAAAGAAGCAGCCCGAGCGGUUGGAUGCGAAGAAGAGCAGGCAAGUGGCCGAGGCCGAUAGGCAAAAGGGGGAGAAGCUGAGAGAGAUGUUUUACGGUAAUUAUGAUGUGGCUAAGUAUCUCGGAUCAGGUUCAUGACAGUUUCGCUCGGGUAGACAGAGGCUUAAGGCUGGUUAUGGACCAUCCCAUCGUUUGCCCUCGGUGAUACUUUCGGUGGGACGGUGAAGAAUUCCCUCAUUCACGGCUUCUUUCUCAAAAUACAAACAAAUUUAAGUCUGGUGCUACUAGUAAUACGCAGGGAGAGGGGGAAAAACAACGACCAAAACCGAAAGUCCGCGAGACCUUCCUCUCGAAAAUCUCGAACCAACUUGCCAUAGAGAGACACCUAAGACAGCGAAUCAAAAAUGAAAAAUGAAAAGGACAAAAAAAGAAAAGAAAAACAUACAACAC